ACGUAUUCUCAGACUACUAUCAACGACCCACUUUAGAAAUCUGGUUUACUAACUGAGAGCAACCGUCAUUGAAUCGUAGUCAACAGUUGCCGGUACAAACGACUUUAUCGACGGACUCAAGCAAAACUAAUUACGAGAGAGUGACCGGACAACCGACAAUUUGACUGACAUAUCCGACUUUUUCACUGUGCAUAGUGCACACAGCGAACUAGGGAUCAGAGAAUUCGUCAAGUGGUCGAGUUUGGUCGCUUACUAGAGCUUAGAAACAAUGGAUAAUCAUUAAACUUUCAGGCCCAAAAAGUGGUCGCGGUGGCUUACGGGAGAUGGUCACUUACUAGGGGUUCUAACUGUAAGGCUGUAACAGGGAAAGUUUUAGUGCAUGAGUUUUGGAUAGGCGGUCUCUUAUGGGAAGUGUUCGCUUACGAGAAGUGGUCCCACAUGGAUGUUCGACUGUACCAUCAACUGACUUAAUACAACUCACUUUGACUCUGCAGAUGAUUACCGCGUGUCAGUCAAUGUCAAUGCAACAGUCCUAUUUAGUACUACGUCAGCCCUCGGACGAUCAUGCUCAUCCUACUCAUAGAUCUACUUAUAAGAAAAUAGGAGAGGAAAAGAAAAACUCCUCAGGUUUUUACAGCGAGUUAGACUUAAUCUGGAAACAGCUGUGGAACUAUUAUAGUUUUUUGAAAACCCACAAGCUUAAAAUACCAGUAACUUUCUCAGUGUUUUGGGGGUAAAGAAAUAGAUUUUCUUUUCAAAUGCUAAACACUUGUGUUCCGCUGCCCAGAGAUGUUAACCCUUAGAAAUAAGUUCACUUUCCCAAAUUUGAGUUUUCUGAACUGAUGUUUCCGCUGGUCCGGUUUGUAGUUUGUUGACAACAGAUUUAUUUUUUCAGUGGAAGGUAGAUGAAUGUACAAUGAGUAGAGUAGACAGACAAUUUUUAUUAUAUAAACGCCAAUGAAAUACCAAGUGAGCUUUCGCGCGAAAACUUGUUAUCUUCACAUGUGAAAAUGUCACCUUUGCUAUGGCUUCAUAAUGAGCCGCACCUUUAAGACGAACAAACUAUUUAAGUAAAAUGGUUUGGUAUUUCAUUGGUGUUUAUAUAAUAAAUAGAACAUCACAUGGUCGCUUGGAGAUACGAAAUUUCUGCUCUCGUGUUGAAAAAAAUAUUUCACUGGUGAGCGCAGCGAACGAGUGAAAUAUUUUUCAACACUCGAAGGGAAGUUUCGCAUCUCCUUGCGGCCAUAUAAAUAGAGGAUAUUACACGGUGGCGCGAAGAUAGAAUUUUAUUUUCGAGUGGCAAAACAAUAUUUUACGAACGAGCGCAGCGAGUGAGUAAAAUAUUGUUUUUGCCACUCGAAAAUAAAAUUCAUAUCUUCAAGCCGCCGUGUAAUGUUCUUUUUAUUAUAUAGACAAAAUGACAUCAAUAAAGUAGUAGAGGGAAAUUACCAAGAUUACGUCAUCGAUAACCUCACGUGUGAGUUUAUGGAAAAUAAACCACUCGGGUCCCGAAUGUAGUUUUUAUGAAUUUCACGAGUGGUAUAUUUUCCAGUAAAACACUCGUGUCUAUAUAAUAAUAUCCUCUAUAUAUACACCAUGUUUAAACUAUGGUAAAUUUCGAUCAUUAUCACCAAACGAAUGUUAACAUUUUCCUUUUUAGAGAAGACCCCAAUCAGAUUAUACAACGAUGAAAAACACGUGCAAGGAUCCCUUUUUAAGGCAAAUCAAAUGCGACUAUGAUGGGCAAAAACGAAUAGUAAAAGAGCUAAUAAAUAAGCUUUUACUCCAGCUUCAAAUUUUACUUUUCAGACCCUCUUCGUUAUCCCACAUAAAGAGAAAUGGUAUCAGCAGAAAAAAGAAACCACAGUAUGAGGCUGAGCUGAAAUAGCAAAGCCAGCAAAAAAAAUAUGACAACCACAGGUAUUAAUGGUAAUAUUGGCGACCCCUUUGUCAACUUUAAAGGUUUCCAGCACGCCCUAGGCAUCGCCUAUUACAGACUGGGAGAUUUCCGGAAAGCCAUAGAGUACCAUGAACGACACCUCGAAAUUUCGAAAGAAAUGGGAGACAGGGCAGGAGAAGGAAGAGCUUGCUGUAAUCUUGGCAACGCCUAUUACAGUCUUGGAGAUUUCCAGAGAGCCAUAGAGUACCAUGAACGACACCUCAAAAUUUCGAAAGAAGUGGGACGCAGGGCAGGAGAAGGAAGAGCUUACUGUAAUCUUGGCAACGCCUAUGACAGUCUUGGAUAUUUCCAGAAAGCCAUAGAGUACCAUGAACGAGACCUCAAAAUUUCGAAAGAAAUGGGAGACAGGGCAGGAGAAGGAAGAGCUUACUGUAAUCUUGGCAACGCCUAUUACAGUCUUGGAGAUUUCCAGAGAGCCAUAGAGUACCAUGAACGACACCUCAAAAUUUCGAAAGAAGUGGGACGCAGGGCAGGAGAAGGAAGAGCUUACUGUAAUCUUGGCAACGCCUAUUACAGUCUUGGAGAUUUCCAGAGAGCCAUAGAGUACCAUGAACGAGACCUCAAAAUUUCGAAAGAAGUGGCAGACAGGGCUGGAGAAGGAAGAGCGUACGGUAAUCUUGGCAACGCCUAUCUUAGUCUUGGAGAUUUCCAGAAAGCCAUAGAGUACCAUGAACGACACCUCAAAAUUUCGAAAGAAAUGGGAGACAGGGUAGGAGAAGGAAAAGCGUACGGUAAUCUUGGCAACGCCUGUGACAGUCUUGGAGAUUUCCAGAAAGCCAUAGAGUACCAUGAACGACACCUCAAAAUUUCGAAAGAAGUGGGAGACAGGGCAGGAGAAGGAAGUGCGUACGGUAAUCUUGGCAACGCCUAUAGAAAUCUUGGAGAUUUCCAGAGAGCCAUAGAGUACCAUGAACGACGCCUCAAAAUUUCGAAAGAAGUGGGAGACAGGGCUGGAGAAGGAAGAGCGUACGGUAAUCUUGGCAACGCCUAUUACAGUCUUGGAGAUCUCCAGAAAGCCAUAGAGUACCAUGAACGACACCUCAAAAUUUCGAAAGAAGUGGGAGACAGGAAAGGAGAAGGAAGUGCGUACGGUAAUCUUGGCAACGACUAUCACAGUCUUGGACAUUUCCAGAAAGCCGUAGAGUACCAUCAACGACUCCUCAAAUUUUCGAAAGAAGUGGGAGACAGGGCAGGAGAAGGAAGUGCGUACGGUAAUCUUGGCAACGCCUAUUUUCGUCUUGGAGAUUUCCAGAAAGCCAUAGAGUACCAUGAACGAGACCUCAAAAUUUCGAAAGAAGUGGGAGACAGGGCAGGAGAAGGAAGAGGGUACGGUAAUCUUGGCACCGCCUAUCACAGUCUUGGAGAUUUCCAGAAGGCCGUUCAGUGUUAUAAGAACAGUGUUACAACCUUCGACCACAUUAGGGGAAAUCUCAUAUCUAAUGACGAAUGGAAGAUUACCCUUAAAAGUACGUAUGAUCAUAUUCAUUUGAGGCUGUGGGAGCUGCAGUUUAAGGAAGGUAAAGUCAUUGAGGCACUUUUAACUGCUGAUCAAGGACGUGCAGGAGCCUUAAAUGAUCUUCUGGAGUCCAAGUAUGGCCUUAAAGGGUUACGCCCACAGAUAGGAACACUUUCUGCAACACCAAGUGACUUUGCUGGUUACUUACCACCAAAUACAGUUUUUAUGGGUAUCACCGAGGGAGGAAUAGUUCUCUGGGUGAACGACAAAGUAAAAGAAAUCAAAACCAGAAGAACUGUGAUCGAUAUCUCAACCUAUCUCAAUAUCACAACCUAUUUUCAGCGUCUUUUGGAAACUACACGUGAAGAAAUAGGUUUGAAAGCUGAUGUUAAUUGUGAAGAUCGCUCAUUAAGGAACCCAAGCGAUAAACAGUUAGCAGACGAAAGAUCCAGUGAGCCAAGGUCUAAUUCCUCAUCUUUUGAGGAGACAAAGUCAUUACAAACAUUGUACAAUGUUGUUAUAGGCCCCAUAAGAGACUUACUCGACGGCGAUCAAAUUGUGAUUGUUCCAGAAGGACCUCUGUGUUUGGCGCCUUAUGCUGCUUUUAUGGACAUGAAUUCAAAGUACCUCUGCGAAACUUUCAGAAUUCGUCUGCUCCCCUCGCUUUCUAGUCUUCGAUUAAUCCAAGACUGUCCAGCAGAUUGGCACAGCAAGACUGGCGCUCUUCUCGUCGGCGAUCCGUGGGUACAGGAGGUAACGACGCUAGAGCAGUUAGCGUGGGCCGAAAAAGAAGUGCAGAUGAUUGGGAAAAUUAUUCACACUGUACCUCUCGUUGGAAAGCAGGCAACAAAAGAUGAAGUUUUGAGACGUAUCUCCUCUGUUGCUUUGGUGCAUAUUGCUGCUCACGGCGAAAUGGAAACGGGAGAAAUUGCAUUGGCCCCUAACACAACAAGUUCAUCCGGAAAUCCACCUAGGGAGGAGGACUAUCUCUUAACUAUGAGAGAUGUUUUAGAUGCGCAGAUUAGGGCAAGACUUGUUGUACUUAGUUGUUGUCAUAGUGCUCGGGGAGAAGUCAAAUCUGAGGGUGUGGUCGGCAUCGCACGGGCUUUCUUGGGUGCUGGUGCUCGUGCUGUUCUGGUGUCCCUGUGGGCGAUCGACGACAAAGCUACUAUGGAGUUCAUGAAAGUUUUCUACCAAGAACUAGUCCAUAGACGAAGUGCCAGUGAGGCCCUGAAUAAAGCCAUGAAAUCCAUGAGAGAAUCUGACGACUUCAGCGCAGUGAGGUACUGGGCGCCUUUUGUUCUCAUUGGUGAUGACGUAACGCUCGAGUUUGAAGGCAUCAAUUAAAUAGCAAGGUAUUUUGCAAUAUAUUUAAUCCUGGGAUCAUAAUCCCUGCAUUUGCAAUCGUCAUUUUAACUAGCAAUUAUUUUUUUUCAUUUAUCGGGCAACGAACUCAACCAAUGCCACGUGUAGCGUCGAUCUGCUUACCACUGGUCAAGUUGACAGUAAGAAAGAAAACUUUGUUUGGCAGUCAAACAUUACAAAAUUUAUUUCAAAUUUCGUGAUUUCUUUACAUUUAAGAGUGACGGUGAUCCUGUUUGAGCUCUUUCCGAAUGAUUGUAACUUACAGUCGAACCUAACGUAAGGGACCACCCAAAAUUCCGGUCGCUUACGGAAGGUGUUCGCUUAGGAGAGUUUCUAUGUUUGGUGUUCUGAGUGGGAACAUUUGGUAUUGGGUGGUUGCUUAUAAGAUUCAAUAUUCUAACCAACAGCUGAAAGUAAAUCCUAUAUUAAUUUCCCCAGGGAUUUAUUUAUUUCAAGGACGUUUGAGAAGGGGGGGGGGGGGGAGGGGAGGGGCUUAUUCAAUUAACCGAAUAUCGUAGUGUCCAUAAAGAACUAGAACACAAAGUGGAAAAGCUUCUAGUUGGAGGUCAUACGGCCGAAGAAAAACAGUUAACCAGUCUGAACGUUCAGUCUAGUUACAUUUGCACCUAUCAUAUAUGUCUAUUGAAUAAGAAUAGUGGUGGGGCUUGAAAGAGAGAGGGGGGCCGGCUGUCACGCUUUCUUUCUCUGAAAAAAUUGGAGGGUUUGGAGAGGGGUGGAGGGGGGGGCUUUAUUAAGCAUUUUCGGUUGUAAAUAUCGGUUAAUCUGCAAUGAGGUUUCCCGUUCGAUGUGAGUUACAGGUUUUAAUGGUAUUCUAUGCUCGAAAUGAUUUCGAAGUCAGCGCCAAAUUAUUAACUGAUUGACUUCGCUGGCUGAAUUCACUAUUCUUCUGCAGCUUACUAACGUUUCUCCUUGCUGUUUUUGCUGUAUAGUUACGAUGAGGAAUGCAUUGAAGCAGUUCCUAGACUUUCCAAUUAUCUGAAGUUGAAGACAGUUUUAAUUUUUAUCACAAUUACGAGGUGGAGCGUUCCUCGCAAGGAUGGCAACUCUUUAUCUUGAAGAGAAAGAAAAUGAUGCUUCGUCUUUUGAUUUAUUUGUUUUUGUCCCAUUACAGGCUGUAGAAUUUAGAUAAAUGUACAGAAAAAGAUGGUGACGGGGAAGCCUGAACUGGAAGCCUGGGGCUUAGGUAGGGUCCAGGCUCAUCCCAGGUUAGUUUAACUAGACGUAAAGAAGAGGAAAGACGCCAUUUUAUAAAAUCAACAAUAGAUUGCUGAGAUACAGAAAAAAGGAGUAGAAUCAACAUCAGUUUCAAACAAAAUUACUUAAAAAAUAGGAGGAAGUUGAGUUACAUAUAAUCAUUUAAAAAAUAUAAGGAGAUUUAGUUGGAUUAUAAAUAAUAGAGAUGGUGACAUAUUAGUUAGAAAUAUUUCGACAAAAGUUCACAUUUAAGGGAAAAUUGAAAAUUAGCUAGACCAUGUCAUGGUAGUUAAAUGUUUGUUUAGGUCCAGUUUAAACGUCGAACUUCUCAUAUGCAGAAUCUAAUGCAUAAAUUACUAAAAUUUGUUUUCACUUCUAAGCGUUUUAGACUGUUGAACAUCAUGAAAAUGAAUUGAGUCCAACUAAAUAAGUUCAACAUCUGAAUCAACCGUCGAAUGACUCAUCAUUUGGGUUGACCUAAAUGGGUAUUAAGUUUGAUACAUGAAAAGAUCGACGUUUGAACUUGGAGAGUUCCAAAAGUGUGUGCGUCAGCAAGAUAUUUUAUUUGUUUUAAGGUUGUGCGAGGCUUUAUAUUGGGUCGAAGAUACUGAGCAAAUUGAGUUUUGUAAUCAUGAAGCUAAGAACUUAAUAGAACCAGAUGUGAAAAGACUGUCGAGGCGCGAAGGCAAUGUAAGGAGAGACUUUCCAUUAAUUCUUUAUUUGUCUCGAAUUUCAUAUCUUUGACGUUGUUUUUACUAAUUCAUACUGAAGUUGCAUGAAUAAAGAUGUUUUAGCUCCGCAAAAAGGUUCGUGCCAUUUUAUUGUCCUUUAAUUUGCUUUGUGUCCGCUAAGUAAUAAUUGUAGAAAAGCCAACAGUGUUCCUUAAAAAACAAAACUCAUGAUUGUUCGUUCUCUCUUCAAUUAUUAACAUUUUACUUCAACGAUGACUUUUAAAAGGAUAAUUAGUUUCUGAAUAAUGGUUAUUUAACUUCGGUCUAUCUAUCGUGAUUUUACAACUGGACGACAUCUAUUCAUAGGCCUUUUGUACUGGUGCCUCUUGUUUAAAUGUGCAAUUUAGCUGUCUAUUUGCCAACAAAUAUUUCAUUAAGUUGUUAGUCAAAAGAGGCAACAGGUGAAUUUUAAAUAUGAAAGGUUUUGCUAUCUAGCUUGCAAUUUUUUUUAAAUAGAUCGGUUUUGGUUUAAGGUGAAAACUUGCAAUUAGUCUGCGCUUCUUUCUGUUGAAACAGCCGCUCGCUGAACUUGCAUUUUCAUUCAUAUUGUAACACUUUGUACAUAAGCUCUGUUCUGCUGACCUGG